AUGGAGAAUUUACCACAUCUUGAUUUGGAUAAUAGUGGGAAACAAGUUGCAUCCUAUAAAAGAUCUUCAACACACUUUUUUGUUUGGACGUGUGGUAGGAGCAAUGUUCCUGAUGUAGAAUGUUGUUUAGAGAAGCCUUCUCUACCUCACAACAACAUGAAGCAUUGUUUAUGUGACAACAUGAACCACAUAGGAUUGCGGUUUCUUCUCAUACACUUAAAAAAGUUGGAUCUCAGCUACUGCAGUUUGGGAGAUGAAGAAAUGGGUUCUGCCUAUUGGGAGUUACCCAACCUGAAAACACUCCAUCUAAGUGGAAAUAAAUUUUCACGAUUAAAUUUUAAUCUCUUGCUACUUCCUCAACUCAAAUGGCUCACAUUAAUAAAGUGCCAUAAUCUUGUAGAAUUGUUGGAGCUCCCAUCAAGUAUAACUGUUGUUCUUGCGGAUGAUUGUAGGUCACUUGAAAGCUUUGGAGAUAUUUCAAACUGUAAAUGGUUGUGGAAUGUCUCACUUCAGCAGCAGAACAAACUUAUUGGUGACAUAUUACUUGACUCAAUGCUCCAGGGAAAUGCUACUGAAGAUUACUUUAUCAAUAUCAUUCUUGAACAUCAGAUUCCAAAGAGUCAUCAAGCAAGAGGCAGAUGA